AUGGCUUUUCCCGAAAACUGUAGACCCGGUCUUUCUUUCAAAGAGGAUGCUUUUCAUCUAGAUUCUCGAGCCGGGACUGGCACGUCUUCCUCGGGUGUGGAGGCUGGCACUGGCUGCCUUUCUCGCCUCGACGGCGCCGCCCGCGUAAACGAGGGGGGCGUGGAGGAGGGGGAGGCGGGAGGCGUUCUUGAGAGCUUCAGCAGGCCUGCCAGCCCCAGCGUCGCUUCUCUGUCGCCUCGGACUGUAGACCCAAGCUGUUACUCUCUCUCGCCUGUCUCACGAACUUCGCCCAGCCCGCAGUGCCCGGGGCCGACCGGAAGCUUUUCUCCUAGUGACGCCGGCGCGGACGCGUGCUCCCCGCCGUUCAGUCGCGAGGACGAGCUGUGUCCGCCGCCUCACGAGUCUCCGGGGGAAGUCCGCCGCGAGGCGCACUGGGCGAGCCCCCGUCGCCGUGUCGCUGGCCAUGAGCCUUCCUUGGAGGACAAGCGGGAGGCGGUCCGCGAAGCGCCCUCGCGCUCGCCCUUCUCGCUCCCUUUCCGCGUCCUCUUCUUUUUCUCUUCCUUCAUCAAGGAAGCGUUCGUGUCGUCGCUGCGGCGCAUCGUUGUCGGGCCCCUCCUAAAGGAUCUCGACGAACAGCAGCUGCACGUCGCCCUAGGCAAACGAGAGGUCAGCGUCUCCCGCGUUCAGGUUCAAACCGCCGCAGCGAAUCAGCUGCUUCGCCAGGCCGGAGUGCCUCUGGAGAUUCGUGAAGUCUAUGUCGAGCGAAUCCAGUGGCUGGUGCCGUGGCGGCUGCGUCUGAAGGGAGUCCACGCGGCCGUUGAGGUGCUCGCGUCGAGCGACGGCGACCCCCUCUCCCCCCACAACUCCGGUUCCCCUGCAAACUGCCUCUGCCCCGCCUGCGAAAAGACAUCAGUUCAGACUCACUCUCAAUCGGCAGCACGAAACGGAGAUGCCUCCUUCGAGGAUGACUGCCGACUAAAUACAGUCAGCUCGCGUUGUGACAACUCAGGCCGUGGAGACCCCACGCGCCACACGGCCGGUGGUGACCUCGGUGCGUGUCCGCCAGUGCUGCGCGCGGCGCAGCGGACUGUCUCGGCAGACAUCGACCGGAGAGACUCGAACGCCCCACUGACGGCAGCGCGAGCGGACGCGCCCUCUCAAGAGGUCCCUCGCGGCGAUGUACGGGGGGACAGUCCCCACCGCGGGCGCGGGCUGAGCCACGCGCGUACCUCCCGAGAGCCAAGCGGCGUCUGCUUGCCGCACGCGCGCUCGUCUUCGGUCGCUCCACGCCAAUCCAGCGGACAAGGGUACGGACGCAGAGGGGACCAGAUGGGCAGAGAGAAGGACGCAAGGGACCAGGGCGCAGCAGCAGCGGCAGAGCGUGGCGCGGCCGAGGGGGGCGCCUGCACCAUGGAAGACAUCCUCAAAAUGCUGCGGCGCGCCAUGCAGAGCGCUGUCAGCGCUCUUGAUCUCUCAGUCGAGGACGUCACUGUCUCCUUCUUCGUGCCGUUCCCGAGGCCAGCCCGCCCUCGGGGCGCCGCCGUCGCGCAGACGCGCGAUGUAGCCUGGAGGGCGGUGCCCGCCGUCCAGCAAAGUCUCGCCGGAGGUGGGCCGACCGACGCGCACUACGGGCCGACCUGGCCAAGCGCCGAUCCGUUGGUGCCGCCGCUGCCUGCUGACAGCGUAGCAAAUCCUGAACGAGGUGAACUGCCGAGAAUGUCGAUUGAGGACGGCGGGCCUGUUCGAGAGCCGGCGGGCGCCUCCGCCGGGGUCGUCAAGCCCCGCGACCGAGAGAAGGGGCACUGGCUUUCUCCACGAACCAGAGGCGAGUCGCGGAGGGAGAGGUGCAGCAUCGAAGAAAGUGAAGGCGGUCGCGGGUGGGUGCUUCGCUUCCACGUCGAACUUGUUCGCGUGUGUGAAGUGCAUCAGGAGGGGAGCAGCGUGCGUCUUCAGAUCGACGGCCUGAGCGCGUCGCUCCUUCCGGAUGCAUCCUCGCUCAUCCCGCGUCGGUCCCCGCGCAGCGCGAAGUCGCCCUCGCUCCCCACAGAGGGUUCGCCGGAAGCGAAGGCCGGCGCGGAGGGCAGCUGGAAGAGGUACUUCCAGCGCAGUGCCUCGCGCCCGCGAAGCUCGAAGGAGGUGGGCCCCCGCGCGAACGCAUGCGCCAGCCGACAGAGGCUCUGCGGAUCUCGCGGGCCGACUCGCGGAGACCCUGCGCUGGUCCGCAGCAGUGCAGAGGGCCUUCGGAAGCCGGAGGCCUGCGCGCCUUCGAGCCAGUCGCCAGAUGCCGCCAACACACCGUUGCACUGCGUACACCGCAAGUGGCUGGACGCGCCGGGCGACCUUCUAUUUGUCACGAAGCCGCCGAGUCGCGGCCCCGAGCUCUGCUGCAGGCCCUGGGUGGCUGCGGCGUCGCAGGGCAAGUGCCCGUCGGCAGGCGCCUGCGAAACGCCGACGCCGCGAAUUGUUCGAGGCGCCUCCUCGCAGACGCCCCCCGUCUCCAACCCGCUUCUUGCUUACUUCUUUCCUCGCGAACGGCCGUCGUCGUCUCAGGCUGAGAAGGAGGCAUCCGCGUCGCGUGCGCCCGGACCGCGCCCUGCUGACAGAGCCUGGGCAGACGCGGGCGGAGUAUCGGAUGCUGACCGUUCCCCGGGUCUGCCUGGAUGCGGGGCGGGCCUACAGGCAUGUCGUGAAGAGAUGGCGGAAGCCGGUUUCUGCAGCGAGGAAGACAUACGCUUGCGCCGGAUAGCUCUCGACGAGAGGCCCCUAAACCUAACUGAGCCGUGGGUGCGCGCGACGCGAAGCGCCGAAGCGCCAGAAAACGGCGCCACCCUCAGCUCGGGCCCUCCAGGAGGCGCACUGGAGGAGGGUCAGGCAACCGCCGACCCUGCCGAAGGCGACGGGGACGAAGACGAUCUCCCUCCCGAGCCUUCGCCUUACUCGAUAUGCGGCGUCCUGCAUAUUCGGCCGAACAAGGGACUGCAGCCGAUGUCGCCGUCGUCGCUUCAUCGCUCCUGCGUUCCGCCGGGGGGCGCAGGAGGCUCCGCGUCCUCAGCGGCAUGCAACGCACCCGUGUGCAGCUGCGUGGCGCAGGCCCUGGUGUCGGCUUCGCCUGGCCGCACUGCAUUCGACGUGGUGGUGGAUGCUGGAGACGCCGCUGCGUGUUCCGUGGCUCGACACGCCCUGGGGCCUUUCAGCACGCUCCGCAGCGUGGGCGGCGGACUCGACAAAGAAGCAGUGACCUUCACGCCUGCGGGUUCCUCCGCCGAGUUCUCUCCUUCUCCCUCGCACUUCGCGGCUGGACGUGAGCCCAUCGCGGCGCAUCCCGAGCUUUCUUAUGGAGGCGAGCUGCCCAACACCUCUCUCUCCGCUUCAGCUUUCUUUCCGCCGCCCGCGCCUUCUCUGCAGCCCCCUGCGCUCGCGGGCCAACUGCACCCAGUUGUCAUGGCGGCAGCCGUCGCGGCGCGGGAGGCCUCGGCGUGUCGGCGGUCGCUCCAGCGAACAGAGGAGAGACUCGCAGGCGACGGCCUCGAUGACGGCUCAGAGCCGCGCGAGCAGGCCUUCGCCUCAGGCGCGGCCUCGUCUCGGUUUUCCCAUUCAGCUCUGCCGAGCCCUGCGGGUUUGCCUGCGACGGUUGCGGAGGCUGCGAGGGAGGCGGCGGCGCUCGCUGGGCUCGAGUAUGCCGUCAGCCUCGAGUUUCCUCUCUUCUUCACGUGCAUCAGCACGCAGCAAGUUUGCGAACUCGCGCAGCUCGUUGACAGAGUCUCGUCGCUUUUUCAGCCUGCAUUGCCCACUUCAUGCCGCACUUCGUAUUCAGACGACUUGGCGGCGGAAGGGGCCGAGAACGCGACACAGCAGACUGCAUAUUCACCGGCGCCGUUUUUUGCCCGCGGGUGCGAAGACGGAGACGAGGCUUCAGCAUUUGCUACGAGCGUUUUUGAAAAGGAACGCAAGGCGCAGCGGCGACGGCCGUCGCACUCCGGCUGUACUGAGCAGGCCGCUGCGGAGGAUGGAGAGGGCGCCAAGGAAGUAAGCGAUCUCACACGAGACUGCGGCACGAUACAGGAGGCGUGCGUGGUCCGAUGCAGCGACGGGGAAGAGAUACUCGGGGGUCAAUGCGCAGUGGAGAGGGGAGGCGACUGCCACGCAGACAUCCCCCCACGGCUGACGGCCCUGGACACAAGUCUGCGGACUGGGCAGCGGGGCGUCGGCGAGCAGGGAGGCAGCCCAGAGAAUGGCGCAGCUGCCGUUCAGAGGGAGCCUGUGUCUGGGGAGCCGAUCGCUAGGGCCUCUGUUGAUCAUGGAGCAGAGGAAGGCGACGACCCUCAAUGCCGCACUGCUAGGCAGUUGGGGAGCGUGGAAGGUGCCCAGGAGGCGUGCCGUUUGCGAGACCGUGGGCGCAGUGUGGAAGGAAGCGCCUCGGGAGAUCAAAAGAAGAUCCUCUCUGCUGAGGAAACCAGGAAGGGAGACGGGCAGCUAGACAUCGAACAUACCGGGAGAACGGGCGAAGGCGCGAAGCGGCCCGCUUCCGCAUCUCUGUCGCUUCAUUCACCUCUCUCUGACGACGAUAGAGUGCCAUCGUCAUCGCCAAUUGCGGCAAAAGGUGUGGAAGAAACAGGCAGCAUGUGGAUGCGGCUGGUCAGCUUCGUCUCGGCGGCGACAGGCGGCGCGGCGCCGGCCGAGAGAAGUGCCUCAAAAGGGGCCGUGUCUUCCCAGCCGUCAGACACCGCGAGAGACAGCGACCCAGGCUGUACGCUGUCGCGCCUUGCGGGUGCGAAAGGGACCCCGGAAGAGCUCGAGGCGCACCGCAGUCCCGCGUCUGUUUUCCCGCCUUUGUCGGGAACUCUGUGUGGCGAAGAAGUCUUAGCGAGCACUGCUGGCGGCGCCCUGUUAUGCGACGAUGAAUUCCGUUGGUCAGGAGAUCUGGCCGGCGUGCCCGCGAAGGAGAAAAGCUUGUUUUCGUCCUUGUCACUCAGUGUCGACUGCGCGUCCGCGCCGGGACUUCAGAAGCCUCAGCAGGAGCCUGAAGAGGCGGCAAACCCGAGCCGUUCGUUGGCCAGGCGGAAGGGUGCGGGAGAGACUGGAGGCUGCCGAGACGCGGUGGCGUUUCGCGCGCAGGGGGCGGUGGUGGGAGAGCGGGGGAGCGCCAGAGACAAGAGUAGUAGCCUUGAGGGCGAGCGGCCGCACGAGUGCUGUGGGUCGUGGGGGCCACGAGGCAGGCAACAGGCUGCCCCGGACGAUCCCUACGAGCUGAGGCGCCCCUGUUUGGCUGCGUCUGAAGCUGGCGGUGAAGCCGGGGAGCCUCACGAAGCAGAGGAGUGGAGGCGCGCGCAGCCGCGCGGCGAAUCUUUCGAAGGCAGGGCGCAAACGGCGGGUUCAUGCGAACUAGCCGGAGCGCCUGUCGCGCCUCCUCUCCCCGUUGCGUGGGUCGUGCAUGUGGAAAUACGGCAGGUGUACGUACACCUGGUGCUCUCGGAGGCGUUUCGGGCAUCGGUCGUUUUGCAAGAUCAGCGACGAAGGCCCGCGUCGUCCGCAGGGGGUUCUGGAUCUGUGCAGAAGCUCAGGGGUUCGUUCGCCCUCCCCGCCGCCGCAAGCGGAGACAAAAAUGGUCGCGCGUUCAGCGGUGUCUCCCACCUCUUGUCCUCCUUCACAGGCCUGGCUACUCCCGCGGCGCUGUCGCGCGGGCCGGCAAACGAUCUGAACCAGGCGUCGCUCUCGAGGGUUCAAGGGCCGCGGGUCGACGUGCCUCCUGCGGACUCGGGGGCGAAAGAGAGGCGCGGCCGGCGGCCGUCUUGGCUGAGGCGAUGCACUGCAGAGGCACGCGUCGGGUGUCCCAUCCGCCCCGCUGCGUCGCCCUCCUCGACGGUAGCUCCAUUUGCCGCGUCCGUGUCCGCUACUACAGCGGCGCCUGGGACGGGGCGCGGAGCUGCUGGAAGCGUGACGCGGCUGAUGCUAGGCGACGGCGGGAUGUCGCGGCGAGCUGUCGUCCUCCUGGUGCCUUACCCGACCACGUCGUUUCUCUCCCUGGUGUCGCGGGACCUAGCCUGCACUCUCGUCUCCUCGAUGCCGGCGGGCCUGGUCGACGCAGCCGCGGCGGCGGCGGUGGCCGCGGCCGCGGCGCCUCCGACGAAGCCUCGGAGCUUGGCCUCCGCGUGCGCCACUCGUCUCUCUGGCUCGGCGCAUGCUGGCCGUGCUCACGCCUGCUCCCAGUUUUACUUCCAUGCCUGCCAGUCGCCGUCGCCGCCUUGCGCAGCGCCGGCGCGCGACCGGCGCAGCUCCCCGUUCGCAGCGUCUCCAUCCGAGCGACGGUCCUCGCAGUCUCCAGGGCGCGGCUCGGGCCGCGGGAGAGGCGGUGCGCGCGAGUGGGCGCAGGCGCCGGGCUUCCAAGACGACGCUGCUUUCCGUUGCGUGCGGGUCGCGAGGGAGAGAUCAGAUGGCCGUCUGUUUCCUACUGGCUAUACGCGAGACGCGCAGGGACCGACGCGGGGGCGCGAGGCGCCGCAAGCGGGGCCGCGAGGGGUUGGGCCCUUUGCAGGCUCCGAGGGAUUGGCGGAGGCGCACCCCCGUGCGCCGACCUCGUGGAGCGCGGAACGCAGUGACAAGAGCUUCCGCCCCGCCAUCCACCCGUCGGCGUCUGGUGCACGCGGCCCUGCUGCACUCUGCGCGACUUGGCAGGCCUCGCCGUCUCUCGGGGCGCUCUCGCAUGAAGCGUAUUCGCAGCACCCGUGGAUCUCGUCGGUCUCUUCUGGCGCCGAUCCCGCCGCGGCCGCAACCGCCUGGCACGUACUCGUCGCCACUGGCCCGUGGGGCGUGGAGAUGCAUGUUCUGCGGAAGAAGCCGCCUGCGCUGACGCGAGUGGGCGCAGGCGCGCUGGGCGACUCCGCGCGCCGACACGAGGAAGGGGGUGCGCGGAGGAGACCGCGCCCGCAUAAAUCGUCAGGGACGGAUGGAGACUCGCUGGCAGCCAGCGGAGCUGCGUGCCCACAGAACAACCUCGAGCCGGAGCUGCGAACCCCCGCGGCCGAUGGGAGUCGCAUCUCGGGAGAACCAGAUCGAAGUCUCACGCCGAGAGAGGCAUCAGAAGCCCGGUGCACGCGGCCAAGAGAUCGAGGCAACCUGGGCAUGGAGGGCAUCGAGGCGCGGAGGCAAAGGACUCAGCUAACGGGGACCAAAGCGGAAGGCGAUGUCUACGCCCGACAGACGGAAGCAAUACAGGCAACGACCCCGCAGGGGCGAGACGAACUCACGCAAGCAGGGGGGCGUGGCCAGUCAAUCGAACGGAUCGAAGACCGACGGAGGGAUUCGCACGCGCGAGACGCGAGUGGAGGAAAAGCCGACAAAUCCAUCACCAGCGGCGACCCUGUAGCGCACGACGCAGGCGUGUGGAGUCCGCCCGCGAAGGCCGCUGAGGCAGCCACUACGCCAGGCGCGCCCGCAGAGGGCGGCGAAGAAGCUGGCAAAGGGCCUGAGCACUCGCCAUCGGCUCGCCACGGCGGCGAGGGGUUGGCGAAGGUGCCGGGGGUCACCUCAGGGCAGCCGCCGACGUCCGCGGCCUCUUCGCGCUCGUGUGCCGCUUCCUCCGUCUCCUCUUCUUCCCGGGAACGGCCUGGGAAGGCGCCUGAGCAAGCAAAGGAUGGCGGGCUCCGGGGCAAGCAAAGGUCGCGAGCAGAAAGGCGCGCGAAUGCCGGCGCCGGGGGUGCGAGACAGCGACCCGACGCACUUCAAACGCGAGACGCAGACGCGGAGCCAGGGACUAGCGAGAGCGACAAGAGGCACGUGGCUGUAGCGGAAGGAAGCGAAGGCGCCCUAGGCGGCAGGGACGAAGAAACGCAACGAGCAGAACCCACGCGAUCAGUGACAGCUGAGGCGGCCAAGGCAGUCGAAUGUGGUAUCUCUCCAUCUCCGCUUUCGCAAGGUACCUCAACCUCCAGCAACUUGCCUCGGCGGGCAUCAGGUACACAGCCUCCCGGCGCAGGAGGAGCGACAGUUCGCCGGUCAAAUGAAACUCUGACGCUGGUGCGAGGCUAUUCCGACGUAGUGGAAGAUAUGGCGGAAUUUUGUGAUUGCAUUGACGAGGAUACAGCACACGGGGCGAGCAGACUCCAGGCGCCCCUGGUUAUUCCGCGUCGAUCCACGGCCGGCGACCGAACCCGCAGCGCCUCGCCGCCGCCGGUCGCGCCCACGCGGCGGCCUGAGCUCCACAACGCCAGCGCAACGCACAGCUCCGAAUGCAGCAAAGAAGAGAGUAUACGCGGAUACAAGCGUGCAUGCUUGGAGAGGAUACACAUGUCUCUGCAGGCCGCGCCACCAGAGCGCAGAAAGCGAGUGGGGGGUCGGUGGGGAUCUGGGGAGUCUCCGCCUCAGCGCGGGGGAUCCGCGUCAGGCCGGGGCACGAGUUUGAACCACCGAGGGGUGGCGGAGGAUGUGGAGAGCGGCGAGGCCAGCAGCGCGUUUGCCAGCGCCGCGGAGGAGGGCGAGGAGCUUCUUGAUGAAUUUGAAGAGAGCGACGGGUGGGGGACGCCGCGCCCGAGGGCCGGAGGGAGCCUCCGCGGCAGGCGGGAGGGGGUCAUGGCGAAGGUUGCGCGCAGAGCUGAAGGCGCAGACGCGAUCACGAGGCGGCGAAGAUCGCCGAAACGCCAUCCGCGUGCGCCCGGUCGGGGGUCCUCUUUGCCCGCCUCCAGCGCCGACGAGUGCCUCUUUUUCGAAGUCCUUCUUUUGCUUGUCGCUCUCCCUACGGUGCCGCCACCGCCCGUCGCUUCCGCUGGUGAACGCGACGCGGCGAACACAGGUGUGGCGCGCGGUUCGGUCUUCACAGAUAGAAACGCAUUCCGAGUUUCAAAGUCGCGCGGCGCAGGCUGGGAGGCUGCAGACGCUGCCGCGGAGUUCUACGCCCCCCUCUGGGCGAGUGGCCGUCAUCCGCCCAGCGAGUGCGUUGGAUCCUCCCGAGGACGCGACGGGUCGACGGAGCACCCGAGGCACCGCAGGGGUGAGAGUCAUUCUACUUCGGCGAGCGCAGGAACCAGUUUCUACCCGCCGCCACACGCGCCCGCGGAUGCCGCGUUCCCACAUGGCAUGGCUCGACAGUCUCGGCACUCGCCCGUUUCGUCGCCGUGUCGUGCCGCUCGCUCUCGCUGUACGGAAGCGACCGCCGACGCGCCUCUCGCGAGUCGCUUUUGUGACGCUCCCUCAUGCUGCGGGGACCUGCGUCACGCACCCUUCGCGUGCUCGUCGUCACCUGUGUCCAUUCCGCCGACGCUUUCGCUCCUUCCGCUUCCCAUGCCGUGCGCACAAGACGACGCAUUUUGGGCUGCUCACGAGCUGCCGCCGCCAUGCGACGGCGGACCUGGAGGCGUCUGCUGCUGCCGGACAAGCGCCGCGCUCUCGGCUUCUCGCGCGCCUCCUGCGGGGUGUUUGCCGUAUGGGCGCAGUCGCGGGGAAGGCGGAACCUGCGCCGGGUGCGCGUGUGCGACUCGCUGUUUUGAUUCGAAUCUACCGAUGGGGAGUUCGUCGCCAGCGAGGCCUGCACCCUGCGAGGGCGGAGCGAACCGACGCCUGGUGCCGCUAGGCUACUCAGACAGAGAGAGACUCGGCACGGCAGAGAGCAGGCGCGCCCAUCGCCACGCGCGGCUGCUUUCCGGCGCGACCACACGGGGCUUCGCGGAGGCGUCGAGGUCUGGGCUAAGUGCCACGGCGUGCCACGGGCCUCCCAUGGCGUUCCUGUCUCUCUCGUUCUUCCCCAGUCCCUCUCAGUUUCCAGCAAGCCCGCAGCUGCCGGCGCCCGCGCGCCCUGCGUUGGCAGCCCCUCCCCUCCCUCCCGGCCCUGGGGGUCUGCGUGGAGUUCAGGGCUCGUCGUUGGAGGCGUCGCGUGCGCCGGCAGAGCCUCCGCCGGCGUUCUUUGCAGGGCACGUUGCGGCAUCUCGCCCAGUGCCUUGGGGAGAUGCCAGUCUUUCAAAUGCUGCGGCCGCCUGGCGGGUGUCGUCUUUGUCGCGAGGCGAGACCUGCGGUGGACAGGCGAGCGAGCCGGCAGGGCUCCUGCGCGAGAGAGGCGGCGAGGGAGGCAGCCGGCAAGCCCGCGAACAUAACACCUGGGCGGCCUUCUAUGAGGGGACUGGAGGCCUCGCUGGGUGGGGCACAGGGGCGUCGCGAGCGGCCGAGAGACGCGUGGUGAAGGCCUCGGGAGCGGACGACGCCGGAGCGGGGAGAGCGCUGCACUGUAGGGGCGCGCCAGACAUCGACAGAAACGCCUUUGCCCUCGAUGAGGAACUCCCCGACACUGCCCUGGCGCUGCCUUUGUCGCCACCUCUUCUGCGCGUGAGUCUGAAGCUGCAAGCAACCGCCGGCAACCUCUCGCUGCUCGCCGUCACAGAGCUUCUGGAGGCCUGCGAGCAGUUUGGCAGCAGCCUGCAGGCGCCGCCUCCCCUUUCCGGUCCAAGCGCGUCAGACGGCCUUCUCGCGUCUCCCUCGUUUGCCGCGUGGUGUCUUCGUCGUGACGCGUCUCCUGAUACUAGGAAUCUCGUUUGCUCGCCGCAACACAGGCGUCAGUCACCUCGAUCCUCAGAUCUCAGCGCGCCGCAGCCCGCCCCUGCGCGGGUGCCUCCUCCGCCUGCCGCUGUGGAUGCGUCUUCUGUCAGACCGAGCCCUCGCUCGGCAUUCCCUCCGCCAUCGGCUGUGCCUGCCACGCUUCCACCUCUGCCGCUCGCGCCGCUUCACGAGUUGUCCGCGGCGCCGCCGUCGCUGCAAAUUGAAUUUCGGCUCUCCGCACCGUGCCUGAGGCUGCACUUUGAUCUGGGGCCGUCGCAGGCAUUCCUCCGCCGGCCGCGGCCCCAGACGCCGCCGCUGCAGACCGGCCUGGCCGCCACGCCCUCCGCGGCGCUGGUGUGCGACCUGGCGGCGCUCAGAGUGACGGUCGACCCCGGUUUGCUGGCCUUAAUGCGGCGACGCAGAGAUGCGAUGCUUCCCGCUACGCAUUCGGCGUCCUUUCUGACGCCUCCGUGGGGUCGCAGCGGCGCCUCGGCGGGCACCUGUGAGCCCGGCGGCGGCGGGCGACACGCCCGACAAGGCGAAGGUGCUCGCUCGCCACCGUGCCUAGCUCCCGCUGUGUCGUACGCGUACGAGGCACAGAGGGAGCCGUGCCAGCCUCCUCGAGGGGUCGACUUGGAGUCGUUAGCUUCGCAGCCCCUCGACAUCUGCCACUCUGCCGAUCGCGCCACUGAGAGCGCGCUUCUUCUCGACAUUCAGCACGUCGGCCGGGUGUAUUUCAUUUAUCCGGUCGAUUCAACUCCUCACUUCCGAGUUGCAAAUCGGGGCGCGAGGCGACCCAAUCUUUUGGCGAGCCCUCUGCGCGGCCGCAAACCUUCGGAACGGAUUUCGCCGCCACCGCCGGCCUUCAUCUGGCAGUCGCAGCUGCUGUUUUCCACGUGCGUGUCCUCUCCAUUGGAGCCUCCGCAUGACGCACCGCAGCUUUCACUGCGGCACUUGCCUCCUCACCCGGCUUCGGAAGCGCCUUCGGAGUCUUCUGCGACAUCGCAUCCCUUUUCACGGUUUCGCUCCUCCGUGGCGCCGGGGGCGGAGAUCCGCCAUAGUUUCCCAGCAGCCCGAAGAGUGCCUGCCUCCGCGGCAAGGACCGAAAGAGACUGUUGGCGAGGAGACGCGCUGCGGGGAAACCCCGACGCGAGCCUGGCGGGGUCCGGACCCGAAGAAGGUCGUCCCCCCUUCCCCGCUUUCGCCUUCAACUCUGCGUAUCUGUUUUCGUCGCCUGAAGACGGAGGCUUUCGCCGGCCUGCGCGUGAGCCGUGCGAGGCCACUCGGGGCGACAUGGCGGCGCGAGGAGGCGCGCAUCUUCUGCCGCAGGCCCGCAAGGCGCCCUUCGGGCAGCCGUCGCAUGUGGCGUGUCUGGCGGAGCCCGACGAGUUUUGCACCGACCCCCGCGCGGCCAGGAGAGGCGCCGACACACCGCAGCUCGGAGUUGCGCUCGACCCGCUUCUCUCGGGUCCGCCCUCGCGCUUGGUCCUGCGGCUCGCCCGGCGUGCCGUGCUGCAACCUGAUUCCGACCAAGGGCAGGAACAGCACUCGGCGCGCAGUUCGCUUCCUGCCUGCUCGUCUGACUCCGCCGAAUCGUCGUCUGCGUUGGGCCCUCCUCGCCGGCGGACGUCCCCUAGCGCCGGCGGAGCGCGUCCGGCGCGCCAGCUUGCCUCGAGGCAGCGCGCGGCGCCGUCGCGCCUCGCAGCGGUUUCGGAGCUCUGGGCGAAGUCCCGCGACGCGGCCUUCUGGCCAGAGGCGAGCGGCGCUCUCCUCGCCGACGUCCACACUCGACAGAGCUGCAGCCACCCGCUCCCCCUGCCGCCUCUUGGGCGUGCCCUGUCUUGCGUGCCGGUGAAGAGCGCGCGGUGGCUGAAGCAGGACCCGCCAGACGGCCGCGCGCUCAGGGGCUCGAGCUGCACUUCCCUGAAUUUCUCGCGAGUGCGGCAGGGCGUCGCGCUGCAGCCGAAGGGGGCGGCGACACACCGGGGACCAGGCGCGGCUGCUGGAAGGCGCAGCGGUCGCCUCUCCAGUGAAGAGCGCUUCGUCGAGCCGGGGGCAGCCACAGCGCUCCUGAACGCGGACCCCUACACUCCGUUACAACCCCCCUUCCUGUCUUCCAGCGCCGACUCCCAGCGCCUCGACGUUGCCUCGUUGUUGGCGCGCCCGUUUCGUGGCGGGCUCGGCGGAGCUUGUGGGGGGUUGGGGGAUGUUCCCGCCGCGUGCGGGGAGGCAGACGCGUUUUGCGCGAGAGGGCGCGGGGAGGAUGUUGCCUCAGUCGACCAGGCGUCUGUCGCCUCCAGACUGAGACUGCAGGGCGAGGGGGUGGGUCGCAGGGCAGACGACCUUCGCACCCGCGGCGUCUCCUCCGACAAGCUGAGACGCGACAGGACUGGGCACCGGUUGCCCUCUCGCUGUCCGGCUGGCGCGCGCGGACGGGGUGGCGGAGACGAGUGGGCGGUUCUGUCGUGCGACAGAGUGAAUUACUUUUCUCUUUUCCGCGACACUCAGCACUCGCCAGCCUCGUUCGCGAGACGCAGAACGCCCGCCCGCGACCUAGACGCGGCCGGGCUUUCUGCGUCCUGCGUCCCCACGCUUCGGCGCCAGCGUCCGCUCACGCGCACAUCUUCUCUGAAUGUUUCCGCCGCGUCGAGGGGCCCUCUGGAUCACUCCCCGGCGUGCCCGCCAGUGGCCUGUGGUGCAGCAGGAGCAGCGGACGGGGAAGCAGACGGGUCCCCACGGAAAGGUUCCGCGUCGUCUGAAGCAGAGACAGGCAGCUGGAACCGGCCUCUUCAGGGCGCACGCGGCGUCGAGGUCCCACCGCAGCCAGAAGACGCCUUCGCGGCCGCCUGCGCGGGUUCGCGCGAGGAGAGCCACGGCGGCGAGGCUGAGGGGUUCGGGUCGGGCUGGGGGGCGCGUUUCGAGGGUCGGCUUGUUGAAGAAGAGGUGGUGGAAUGCGGGCUCUUUCUGCCGCUCGCGCACGCGUCCAUGGAGUUCGCGUCUCUGAUGCUUCUACUCGAGGCGUGCGCAGAUGUGGUCGGCGGCUUCAAAGCGGGGGCCGGCUGGCGCCGAGGCCAAAAAGCCUCGCCAGAGGCCGCAUACGCAGAGAGAGGCGACGCAGGGGCUGGAGACGAAAGCCGAGAAGGCACAGGCAGCCGCUGGAUAGACGGGGAGGGAGCAGAGGGUGAGGGGAAAGCAGGGCUCGAGAGGCGUCGCCACACACCUCGCAUACGCCCGAAGCCAGAGCGCGAACCCGCGAAUGGCGGCGACAUGAGCGGUCUCGAAGCGUCCACCUCAGAAGGGGAGUCCAUGGGAGGGGACAUGGGGACAGGUGAUCAAGUUCACGACACCGAGAAGCCCUUGCGGCCGCCGACAUAUACAGCUGCCUCUCCUUCAGCAGCACGGGAUGGCAGCGGCAGCCAUUUCUUGUUUUUCGAAAGGAGGCGAUCUCCUCCGCAAACCCCGCGCCUGCCCUCAUGGACGGUAGAAACUCCUGCGUCUUCCAUCGACGUGUCUGCGAUCGACAGAGUUCUCAUGAAUCGAUUCCACGUUUUCAUUGACGCUGCCGUCGUUGAGGUCGGCUUAAAUCCACGCGCAGCGCAUGCGUGCAUUGCGUCCCGCUCUGGGCGCUUGCCUCCUUUUUGCUCUCCGUAUUAUGCUGCCUCGUUUUCGUCCUCUUCUGCGGCUUCUGCGUGUUCAUCGUCUGGCGCGUGGACUUCGAGCGUUGGCCCCCAGAGGUGGGCAGCGUGCGGGAAAGCGGCGGGUGAGGGGGUGCCGACAGCCUCUCCCGCGGAGGCGACUUGGGAGGCUGAGUUGCUUCACAGUCUGGCGCAAACCAGCUCGCAAGCCUCACUGGGUGGCAGUCCCCGAGGCAGCUGCGAGCAGGAUGAUUCCUCUCGCAGCGUCUCGUUCAUGCGGCUCGAGUUCGGCCGCGUGCAGCUCCACGUGGGCGUCGGGCGGAGUCAAGAGCGAGGCGCGCCCAGUGCCGCGGGGGCGCGGAGUUUGUCAGGUUCAUGCGGCUGCGAUGAGCUUGAGAGAGAGGCCAGCGGAUGCCGCAGGAGUUUGCUGACGAGCGCGCUUCAGCGGCUUCUUUUCGGGCUGCCAGCGCGAGACACUCCACUCUCGUUCUCGGGUGUUGUCUCCCCCUCCGCGUGUCUUCUUCGGUCUGAACCGGCGCUUCUCGCAGUCGACGCCGCAGUUGGCAGUCUCGCGGUCUUUGGACGACAAGGAACGCCUCUCAUCUACACGUGGAGAGCUGCACUGUAUAGGGCCCACGCGACGGCUGGAGGCAGGAAAGGAGACCUGGCUGCUUCCUCGUCUCUCGGAUCUUCUCCCUCUCCAGACUUCAGACCGCCGACGCAGAGCUGCGCGACCGGGAACCUCGCAGGCCGCGAAAGUUCUAAAAGCCGGAAGCGCGAGGCAAGCGAAGAGGCCGAGGGCGAAGGCGUGUGGAGGAAGGAGCACGAUGCGGCCGCCGAGUACUGCGUCCUCGCGAACGCAUCUGCCGACUCGUCGGCUCCGCCCAAAGGCACAGACACGCUCUUGGGACCGCUCCAGCGCUCCUUCUCCUCUCUUUCUUCCGCGACACGUCAGGCCUUCUUUCCUGCGGCGCCGACGCACUCAGGCGGCGACCCGACGCGCAAAGGCUCGCGCGCCUUCUCUUCUUGGCCAACACCUGCGGCGGCGGCGACCUACGAGGAGACGGGAGUCAUCGUGAGGCAGACGAGCUUCGCCGGCAGCGUGGCGCCGUGCCCUGUGCGCGGCGAGCGGUCGGUGGACUCUUCGGGGCUCGAGGCAGCAGGCUCCGACGCCGAGAGGAGAGACGCGGGCUCCUUUGUGACCGCGCUAAAGCCGUGCAGUUCGCUAGCCUUCUCGGUGGAGGCUGAACUCUCGCGGGAGACAUGCGCCACGCUUCCGGUAUUUGGCGUUGCCUGGGUAAGCGAAGAGGCUCCCGACGGACUCGCCUGCGACGGAGCUGGUCGAAGAGAUGCUCCGGUGGCUCUUGGCAACACUGGGAAGGGGAAGGGCUGCGAACGCGCGACGGAGUCCCUACACGUGGGCGCGUUUUCCUCGAUUUCGACUUCCCGCUCCAGCAAGAAAAUUCUUACUCUUCGCUCGGUGGACCUCGCGCUCGGCUGGCUCGUUGGGGCGGCCGAUGUCCGCACUCUGGAGACUCUCAACGUCGUUCUCUCUUCGGCUCUGCUUCUCGCCGGCGCGCGUUCCUCACUCAGUCUUAGGGGAUUGCUGGUCGCUCCCCGCAGCGUCAGAGAUCUCGCGCUGACUUCACAUGCUGUAGGACUGGGGAGCCUUUCAUCCUCGCCUUCGUCUGUCGCCGGCCUGGAGGCCAGCCAGAAGGCGGCGUCGCUUGAGGGGGAGGGCUUCGUCGCGGAGUUCGGGCGCGACACGCCGAAUGCGUGGGAGCAAGGGACGAGGGGGGGAGACGAGGAGGCAGCGCCGGAGACCGGUGCGGUGCCAGUUGGCGAGGAGAAAUCGACCAACGCGCGCACCGCAGCGACGCCCUCCAGCGCAGCUGGCGGCCGAGAGGGGGCAGCGGCGGGUGGCGCUUGGCCUUCGCCGUCGUUGCACAACGUCCCGUCGUCUCAGGCUUCAGUUGAGUUUCGCUGGACACCCCUGUUCGCGCCUCAGGAGGUCUCGAAGGUGUCGGUGCAUCUCACGCGUUCCAUUCUUGUUCUGCCUCGUCCGCUCGGGUGGGCGUCGUUUCUGCAUGCGCGGAGUGCCCGCCGAUCGCUGCUGUCGACUCUGCACGCGCGCGAGGCUGCGCCGCCUCCGCCGGCGGGCGGACACGCGGGAGACGAGCCAGACACGGAAGACGACGCAGCCGAAGAGGAGCUUUUCCUGGGAUCGGGUUGGCUAUCCGUCCUCGAACUCGACGGCGUCUCCGCGACGGUGGCCUUCACGCGGCCAUGCGUGAGUCCUCUGGGAGCUGAGGCUGAAGGUCACUUUUUGUCCCGAGGGGAAGACGAUUCAUCGACCGAGCACAGCGCCGACACGCAGGGCGCAAGCAGCCAAAGCGACGCUUCUCCGAUGUGCGAAGCGGUGGAGUGCAAGUCAUCAGGCGUCGCGUCUUUCUUUACACCGCUCGCCGCAGCGGCUUCCUGCAAGCCGUUCUCAGCUGGCGGCCGGUCCCUCCUCGCGUGGCGGCUGCAGGACGCGAAGCUGUACAUCAUCGAUGAGGGGAGUCGCACGGCGUUCGCGUCGCCUCGUGGCGAGGCCUCUCCGGAGUCGCUGGCGUGCGGCGGGGGGCAUCCCGGGGAGCUGCAGAACGCGCAGGCCAUGAAGCUCCUCCGGUCGAUUCCGCUGCCGUCGCCGCUCCUUCCCCCGCGCAGCUGCUGCCCCGUUGAGCGGCUCGAGGCCUCGCAGAGCUUGCCGGAGCUCUGCGGGAGCCCGCGGGGUCGCGGCGGCGAGUUGCGCCGAUUCUCCCAGCCGCUGUGGCCGCCCCCGCACUCCGCCGCUUCUUUGGCUUCGGGCCGCCAGGAGGCGCGGCCUCGAGCUUCCGCUUUUGCCUCCAAGCGGGCGACGCAGGACCGCCGCUCGCGGCCAAAGCCCCCUCACAGCGUGGCGAGUCAGCAGCGGCGCCUGGGCGACGCGCUGUCGCCUCUAGUCGUUCGCGCUUCGGAGAUCUCUUCUGUGCUGCAGGCCAGCGGGCUCGUGUGCGUGGCGCGGGCGAGCGACUUCGAGGGUCGUGCGACCUCGUCGCCGUGUCUCGAACCCUUCCGGGGUCAGGCGCCGGGGCUUCUGCGGAGGCGGCACGCCCCCGAGACACGGCUAGCGGCCGCAGAGGCAGACAGCAGGCAGGUUAGGCCGCGUGCAGUCUGCCGGCGCCGCAUCCUCGGGGUCUCGGCUCACGUCGGGUUCUGCCGCCUCGCCUUCUGCCCAGACAGUCUGCGGUGUGUGGUGCGGGUACCGGUCGACCUCCUUUUCCUCCAGCGGGCCGCGCGCAGCAUGCAAGACGAAGUCGGCAGCUUCUUCCUCGCUGCUGGACAGGCACCGGCCGCGGCCGCGGCGUCGGCGUCUCCGCCCCCGCCAGGGCAGUCCUGCGGGUGUCUCCUCGCGGCGCUGGCGGCACACCGAGAGCGGGCGCAGACGCGACUCCCUCAUGGCGUCUGCCUCGCCGGCGAGAUCUACUCGUGGCUGCUCCUGCUUGGACUCCUGCAUCGCCGCCGAGCUGCGCCUGAAGGCUCGACGCCGAGUGCCGGAGGGGCCGGGGAGCCUUGCACCGAAAAGACUAGGGGAGAGGGAAGCAAGCGAAGUCCAAAUCGACAUGCGACUCAGCAAGGAACGCACGGUGCUCACGCGAAGGCAGACUGCUAUCCACCUCCGAGCUGCGCCAGGCAGCCAGCGAGCGAGACGUCGGCAGACGCUGGAGUGGCAGCAGGACGCGCACAGACCUCCACACACGGCCUGGCUCGCGGCGGAGCACAGUCGAGCGCGGCACGCGCCUCGCUUGCGACGUUGUCUUCGCGUAUGAGCUCUGCAUUGCCUCACCCGGCGUUCUCGCUUGGGCCGCCGUCAUCCAGGGCUCCAGCUGAUGAAGCGACGGAUGCGAGAGAGCCUGCGGAGGCAGCGGAGACGGCGGAGGCAGGCGGACGCGUAGUCGGCAGCGGCUUGCCGGGUUCCGUGUCGUCGUUUCACAGGGACAAUCUUGAUUCCGUGCAGGGGUAUUUCGCGUGCGGGAGCUUGCUCGACGACGUUCAACUCGACGCCUUCUCGCCGUUCCAUCCCUUCCCGGAUCCGCCAGCCUCGCGGUUCAUCGGGCUCUGCUCCGCUUCGUUUUUCCCCUCAGUCGCGCCUUCUCCUCUCGCGCCCACCGCAGCCGGCUGCUCGUUGGCGUCUCCGCAGCCGUCCACUGCUCCCCUCGACAGCGGAUUCGACCCGUGGUUAGCCAGCGAAGGACUGCGCGGCGACGGGGAUUCACUUCGCUUGGAGGACGCGAACUCAGGUUUUCACUGGCUCCGGUUCGAGCUGGAUGCCACCCCGGAGCCUCCCGCGGGAUCUGCGUACCCGGCCGUGGCCGUUCCUGCCUUCGGGCGCGAGGCGCAGGCAGACGCCGAAGAACUCCAGCGAGAAGAGGCAGCAGCUCCCAUGUCCAGAGAGGAGACGUCUGCUGUCUCGAUUUGCGAGGACUACGUCGCGGCACCCGCCGCAGAGAGAGAAAGGUCUCAGGGCGGCAGUGUCUGUGGUAACGAUCGGGGGAGCGGAGACACUGAAAGCCAAGGGCCGAGGGCGGAUGCCGCGCAAAGAGUCAGAGGCGGCAGGCACGCAGGUGCUGCUGAGGCCGGCCUGGAGGCGAAAGAUGCAAGCGGGCACGAGGAACGGGAAGCAGGACGGAAGCGACGAGCCGCCGCGCCAGCGUCUGACUCAUCGUUGUUCGCCUCUCUCGGCGUGUCUCUUGAAGGCGCACGACUGGACGAGGACGACCGGUUUCCGCUUCCCGACGCAGCUGAAAUUCGCGAAUCCGAGCGGAAGGAACAAGAAGCCAGAGCGGAGAUGUACUCGGUAUUUUUCAAGCCUCCUGGGGAUCCAGACACGGCAGAAAGGCGACACGAUUCUUCCACCCCUUCCUCGUCAUCUUCCCCGCCGCUCUCUCCGCAUGUACCGGCAUCGUCGCUUCUGUCUGCGACUGUUUCCUCAUCUGCUUCGUCCUCCGCCUGUUUGGCCUCGCCGUCAUUCCCGCUGCCGCCUGAAGGGAUGGCGCGGUGGCUCGAUGGACAGCACAAAGGCGUGACGAUAUCUCCUCACUUUUCGCGUAGUCCUUCGUCUCCGGAUCCUCCUUCCUCCGACGCCUCGGUGCACUGUCCUAAGGCUGCACCUAUCUUUAACGCCUCGCCUUUCCUCUUGUUCUCGCCCUCGGCUUCCACUCCGUCUCACUCCCGCGCGAGGAUUGAUCCCAGUGCCGCAGGCGAGGCGGACUCGGGUGCAGCCGCGCCGGGUGUACAUACACCCCACCCCACGGCCUCGCUAAGGGGUCAUGAGCUCGAGUCGGCACAUGCGCCUGUGGCGUUUUGCUCAGAGGCGCUUCUCCAGUCCUACAAUGACGUCUCGACUGGUGUCCUCGACAAGGGCUCGCCGUGGCUGGCGUUGCUUGACAGAGACCAAUUCGGGGGUCGGAAGGCCCGUGCGGGCCCUCAAGCCCAGAGCUCUUCGACCGACGCGGUCGCACGGCUCGCUGAGCACGAAGCUGCUCGAGAGGGAUGGCAAUUUGGCCUGCAGUUUGGCAUGGCGAAGCUGGAAAUUCUCAUCUGUCGGGGCGCCGAUUUUUCCGUCUCGUCGGGCUCGCGCGCCGCGCCGGCGUAUUCGUCUUCCCGCAACAGGGGCUGCGUCUCGCAUUCAUCGGCCUCGUCAUGCACGGCAUCUAGAAGGAGGCGGAGUGCGCAGACCUUUGCGAGCAGCGAGCCUGAGAGGGCGCAGGCGAGACACCGGAGAGCGCCGCACGCUCCCAGCUCUCACGCGACGCGAUUAGCUCGUCGUAAGCCGGCAACGUCUGCCUGUCGACUCACGCCGAUGGCGCUGAGCGACGACGACGAGGCAGGGGAGUCUGACGACGCUCUCGGGGGCGGGCGGUCGCUGUCCGCGUUCGUCGACAGAGACGCGAAGUCAGGAGUCCCAGCCCUCGCUCAGCACGCAGGAUGCAGGGACGAGGUGGCUGAGGUAGUUCUGCAGAGCGUCGACUUCGUUUUCGGGAAGUGCGCCAACCCGCGCGAGGGCGGAGGCGGCUUGGGGCAGCCCGACCCCCUCAGCCGCGGCGUGAAGGACCGCGCCGUGGCUGAGGGGGUCGCGCAGACAGGGGAGCCCGAGGGAGACGCAGGGUGUUCUGUUCAUGUGGAGGAGGCAGAAAUGGAGACGCAACUCCGUCGCAUGUGUCGCACGGCGGCAGCAGCCUCUGAGCACCUCGUUGUUUCAUCGUCGUCAUCGUCACCAUCCGUCCCCUCCGCCACCGGCGUGGCUGCUUCAGUUCCGGUCUCUUCGCUGGCGCGCCCACGCGACGCGGCCGUGCCUCAGCGCCUCGCCGUGCUGCGGAUUCACGACUUCGCCGUUCGCGACUUGGUGGCUCACUCGCUCUUCUCGCACUUUGUGCGGUACUACGAAGACGAAGAGAAUCGUCCGCGGCUCGCGUCGGUGCCAAUGCUCGCGAUAUCUGUUCAGGAGCAUCACCUGCCGCUCAUUCGCGCGAGCUCGUCUCGCGCAUCCCACGAAUUCGCACUCCAGUCACAGGGCCUGACCGCGACCCCGGCGGCGGCGAGACCGGCAGACGACCGCGAAGCGGAGACAGGGAGGGCGAGAGGUCAGGGCGUAGGAAGAAGCGAACGCCUGUCACGCGUCAUGACGCCGCGCGGAGGUCGAGGUGCGGCAGGAGAGACGAGGACAGAAGGGGCACGCACCGAGCAUGAAGCCGACGGAGGAAGUCCAACAGAACUUGACGACGCAGGCGAAGCGGCGAAACAGCGUUUGCAUUCCGAGGCUCGAAACGCCGCGUGGCGCUGUCGGCACAACCAGCUGGGUGCCGCGGCCGGCGAGUUCGAUCGCGAGGAUGGGCGGCAGGGAGCGUCUGCAACGCGAGUCGCCGCGCGAGACGAGGAUGAUUUCGAGAUGGAGACGCCCGCGCGGAGGGAGGAGAGGAGCCAGAGUCGAGACGCCUCCCCGCUGGAUUACUCUGUUAAAAUCCGCAUGCUGCCGCUGUCUCUCACACUGCAGCAGGAGUCCCUUGAUGCGUUUGAAGAUGUUAAUCGGCAGCUUCGAAUGGCGGGCGUCGUGGAGUGCUCACGUCCUCUCUUCGGCGGCGGGCGCGACGACGGCAGAGACUCCCUCGACUCCGAUGAGCUGGGGACUGAAGGCGACUUCGAUGCAGAAGCCUCUGGGGCCGAUAGGGCCGGAGGCGACUUCGACGGCGGAUUCGGGCGCUACCCCAUGAGACGCCGAGACCGAAAGGGGCGUGAGGUCGCGAGGCCUCGUACGCGCCGAAACCGCACCCGUUCAAGCCCUUCUCCGUCUGCGGCUUCCGGUGUACAUACAGCGCUCCACUCGCAGAGGGCGGGUGGAAGUGCAAAGCCUGAGCGCCUGCCGCGCCGGGGAAGCGAUGCAGACGCGGAAAGGAGUUCUUCUGAGUCGAGUCCGAGACCCGCGGGCGUGACCGACAGAUAUCCCUCUUGGAUGAGUCGACCUGACACCUUCGCAGCCGCUUCGCGGAGUGACGCGCUCUCCGUGGAACCGUACCUGGCAGAGCGUACGUGCGCAACAGGCGGCAGGUACGCGGUCCCCCGCGCGCGUGACGCGAUAGCCUUUGCCGAUGAAUGGGGCUAUCCGUCGGCGCCUGCUUGCCAUCCGUUUGAGUCCUCGCUCGAAUUCUUCCACGACGACGCGUGGCCUUCGCCUUCCUCCUCUUCCUUCUCUCCCUUUUCUUCGUCCGCGGCUUCGCUCGGCGGCGCGUGUGCUUCACCGUUCUUGAGCAGUGCGUCCGCAGUGCUGCCGCGCGACCCAGUGUCGCUUGCGUCGCCGCGCCUGGAGUCUUUUUCUGGCUCUGAAUUUUUGCCGGCCGGUGCGCACUCGCUCGCCGCGGGUGCCCCUGGGAGGAGGCAGUGCGCGAGGAACGAGGACACUCUCUCCAGUGCGGCGUUUGCCGACAGCGUGCAGAGGCGCAACGGGGAGUUGUGCAGGCCCGACGCUGGCUCAGGCGCCAGCGAAGACGACAGCGGCCCCUGGUGUCAACGCGGAGGCGAGCGCGAGCGGCGAGGGCGACGCGACCUUGACGCUGAAGCCGCAGAGGCUCCGAGGCGGGUGCACGAUUACGCGGAGGAAGGCGAGCUUCCAAGCGCGGAGGCGAACUCGAGUUCCUUCAUCCGCGCGUUUGACAUGCCGCCGGUUCUGCUGAGAGUCGACUACGUUCCGCGACGCCUCGAGUCCGGGAGGAUCUGCGAUGGCCCCCUGAGCGAAGUCGUGAGCUUCCUCUUUUCCUUUUGCCGGGUCGAGGGGUUGGAGGUCACUCUAACGCGGAAGGCCCUCCGUAACCUCCCGAGUGCCGAGGCGCUUCUGCAGCAGCUGCUGGCGGCGUGGAGUGAAGACUUCAAUCGCGCAUUGGUGUUGAAGUGCGUCCGUGGCAUCACGCCGCUUCGUCACGCGCUGCGUUUCGGGCGCCGCGCGAAGGCCCUCGCGCAGAAUCUGCUGAGACUCGCUAUGCGUCACUGGCGCGCCGACGUGGCGCGCCGGCCGCCGCUCGAGGUGUUCAACUACGCGCAGUGUGUCCACUUCCUCAAGGCGUGGAUUCUCAGCGCAAGCCGACAAGAGUUCCCUCACCUCUCUUGGGUAGUCCUCAAACAGGUCGUCGCAGUUGUCCUCGCCGCAAGCAUUGAAGGAAUCACGUGGUCUGAGCGCGCGAUGCGGAGUGCCCACUCUGUGCUGCAAGUCCUCGACCGGCGCUGCACGCCAGGCACCUGCCCCUUGUACCCCUCCGCGACUCUGCGUGCUCUACCCGCCCCUUCGCGCGGCCGCGGGGCCCAGGAGGCUGACGGCUUCGCCUCACGCGUCCUCGCGCUGCCAGGAUCCCCCCGCGGAUCCCUCGAAGGCGGCCUGCGCCAAACGCGCGAUGCGCGCGAGCGAGCCAGCGACAUCGAGGACAGGCCGCCAUCGCUCCGCGGACGCGCCGAGUCAGAUCGGCAACUGCCGUCGGUCGACGAGGAGACCGGCGCGCUGGGCAGCUCCGCUACAAGCGCCAGCGGCGAGCGCGGCAGCGAGUGGUUCGUGGUGCAGCGCGGGGCUGAAGGGCGCUACGAGCCGCGCACGCUCGCCGACGGCCUUUCGGACGGUUUCUGCUGCGUGCGGCGGGGGUUCGUCUCCGCUGGGCAAGCCGCCGCGCGCGUCUGUCUACCGCCGGCCUCGCUCCUGCCGUCGCUCCUCCCUCUCCCUCUGGGACUCCGCCGCGACGGCGGGUUACUGCAGAGGGACGACGAGUCUGCAGCGCGUCGCCUCCCUCCCCCCGAGACCGCCGGCUGCGUGAGCCCCGCAGUGCUUGUCGGCGCCGAGUAUGCCCAGGUUCUGGCGAAGCUGCUGCCCGUUUUCAUCCUGAGGCCGAUGCUGGGAUUUACAGAGGGAAUGGCGAGAACUUUGCAGGGAACGCGCAACCAACUCGUUCCGCGCUUGCAAGAGGAGAGACUGGCGAAGCUGCGCGAACCUUCUUGCCGCAUUGAGCAUCUCCCUCAGGACGACGAUGAGGGUCCAACCCCGCUCUGA